UCCAAACAAAUUUGUAAAAUCAAUGUUUUUCUGCCGUUCCAACAGCGAUAAACAACAACAACAAAACAUUAAAAAUCAGAAAAGAAUAGGAAAACAACAACAGCCAACAAAAACAUCUUUGAUUUCCCAACAAAAAGCUUCAACAAAUUCUUUAAAUAAUUAUUCUAAUAGUACACCCCAACGUUAUAGUUUAGUAGGACCUCUAGUUUCUUUAAGGCAUCAGACAAAUUUUGUUCGUUCCCCCUUUGUCCCUCUACCUCUUGAACAUUCCGUAUCCCGCAAAAACCUUUCGUUGAGAGAUGAUGAUCUAUUACCGUCGUGUUGGUUUCUAUCAGAUUCAGAGAUUAAUGAUUUAACCCAACGUGCGCACUACAAACUUCAGAGGCGUAUCAGCAGAAGACGAAGUUUGACUAGGGCAAACUUUCCUUUUGGAGAAACAAAUCCCCGUAGGGCUAAAGUUAUCGAAAAAUAUGACCGUCUCAGAAUUGGAAUUCGUCGUGCCCUCUCUGACCACCAAAUUUUAUUUAUGGAUCCACUAAAGGAUGUUGAGUGUGAUGGUAUUUUCAAUUCCAGACGUACUAAUAAUCACAAACGUGUUUCAUUUUCUUCUCCUUCUUCUUCAAAUCAAAAAGAAGAAUUAAACUGGAAUUUAAAUAAAAAAGAAAAACAAAAAUCAGUAAAACCAAUUCUGACACGUAGAAAUAGUUGUAGAUCAAAUAGAAAUAAUAAUGCUAGUACUUCUUUCCGAAAUAGAGUUGGAACAAGUUUAAGUGUUGGAGGAUGUCAUGAUGAUGAAAAUGAUUAUUAUUCUGUUAUUAGAAUGGACUAUGCUAUGUUUCGCGCCUGGCGUCGUGGUAGUCGUCUUUCUGUUGAUGUGUUAAAUCGUGCGGCGAUUUGUUCGGCAAACUUUGAUGGAGUAAUGGGAAGAAACUCUCAAACUGAACAAAGAUUACCUUUAACUGGGUGGGCAUUGGUACUUAAAAGAGUGCUCGCUGAUUGGAUUAAACGCCGUAAACGGACAAAUAAUGAGUCUGUUGUGAUAGGGGUUGAGGAAGAAGUUGAGAAAGAAAUAAAUGAAGAAGAAAAUAAUUCAUCCACAAAAAUGACCUGAAAAAAGGAUUUUAUAUUUACUUGACAUGUCCUUUUUUGAGGGACCUCACUUUCUUUUCUGCAAGAUGUUUGGGAAGCAAAAAAAUAAGUAAAAAUAUAAACAUGACAGCCG